AUGAACCAUGUUUACACUCACGCAACAAAAGCAGCCGUGAAUGACGUCAUGUUUGAAUACGUCAACAUGGUCAAGACACGAUAUGAAAAGAAAGUCGCUUUCAUUCGCCUUGAUGGGGAGAAGACCCUUGGCAACGACUUUAACGCUUUACUGACAAAUAACGGCAUAUCGUCAGAACGUUCAGCUGUUAACACGCAACAGCAAAACGGUAACGCGGAACGCUCUGGGGGGUGA